GGAGCCCCGGGGCCGGCGGCGCCCGCGGGGAUGGCGGCAGCGCGGAGCCGCCGCUGAGAUGCCGCCGAUGCGGGGGCUCCUGGCGCCCCAAAACGCCUUCCUGGACACCAUCGCCCGCCGCUUCGACGGGACGCACAGUAACUUCGUGCUGGGCAAUGCCCAGGUGCCCAGCGCCUUCCCCGUCGUCUACUGCUCCGACGGCUUCUGCGACCUGACGGGCUUCUCGCGGGCGGAGGUGAUGCAGCGCUGCUGCGCCUGCUCCUUCCUCUACGGCCCCGACACCAGCGAGCUGCUGCGGCAGCAGCUCCGCCGCGCGCUGGACGAGCACCAGGCCUUCAAGGGCGAGCUCAUCCUCUACCGCAAGAGCGGUGUCCCCUUCUGGUGCCUCCUGGACGUGGUGCCCAUCAAGAAUGAGAAGGACGAGGUGGCCCUGUUCCUCGUGUCCCACAAGGACAUCACCAGCACCAAGAGCCACUCGGCCGCCGACAGCACAAAGGAGACGGGUGAGGGGACAGCGAGGCGCGAUGGGACCUGCUGGAGCCCCCCACGACCACUGUCCCUGACGUCCCCUCGCUCUGCCCGGGCAGGCGGGCGCCGGCGCUUCAGCCGUGCCGGAGGGAAGGGCUUCAAUGCCAGCCGGCGCCGGAGCCGGGCGGUGCUAUACCACCUCUCGGGGCACCUGCAGAAGCAGAGGAAGAGCAAGCACAAGCUCAGAAAGGGCGUCUUCGGGGACAAGCCCUCGCUGCCCGAGUACAAGGUGGCCGCCAUCCGCAAGCCCCCCCUCAUCCUGCUGCACUACGGGGCCUUCAAGGCAGGCUGGGACGGGCUCAUCUUGCUCGCCACCCUCUACGUGGCCGUCACUGUCCCCUACAGCGUCUGCGUGGGCGCGGGCACUGAGGAGGGGCUGCCGGCCGCCCGCGGACCCCCCAGCGCCUGUGACCUGUGCGUGGAAAUCCUCUUCAUGCUGGACAUCAUCCUCAACUUCCGAACCACCUUCGUCAGCAAGUCGGGGCAGGUGGUGCUGGACCCCCGCGCCGUCGCCCGCCACUACCUGGCUGGCUGGUUCCCACUCGACCUGGUGGCCGCGCUGCCCUUCGACCUGCUCGCCGCCUGCCGGGUCAACGUGUACGUGGGUGCCCACCUGCUGAAGACGGUGCGGCUGCUGCGGCUGCUGCGGCUGCUGCCCAACCUGGACCGGUACUCGCAGUACAGCGCCGUGGUGCUGGCGCUGCUCAUGGUGGUCUUCGCCCUCCUGGCCCACUGGGUUGCCUGCGGCUGGUUCUUCCUGGGGCAGCGUGAGGUGGAGGGCAGCCCCGCCGCCCUGCCCGAGAUCGGCUGGCUGCAGGAGCUGGCGCGGCGGCUGGAGACCCCCUACUACCUGGCGAGGAGGAACUGCAGCGCCGGAGGGGCCAAGAACGGCACGGAGCCGGGGGCGAACUGCAGCGAGAGUGGGGGGCUGCUGGGGGGCCCGUCGCUCCGCAGCGCCUACAUCACCUCCCUCUACUUCGCCCUGAGCAGCCUGACCAGCGUGGGCUUCGGCAACGUCUCCGCCAACACCGACACCGAGAAGAUCUUCUCCAUCUGCACCAUGCUGGUCGGGGCGCUGAUGCACGCGGUGGUCUUCGGCAACGUGACGGCCAUCAUCCAGCGGCUGUACGCCCGCCGGUUCCUGUACCACAGCCGCACCCGCGACCUGCACGACUACAUCCGCAUCCACCGCAUCCCCCGGCCCCUCAAGCGCCGCAUCCUCGAGUAUUUCCAGAGCACUUGGGCAGCCAACAACGGCAUCGACACCGCCGAGCUCCUGCAGAGCCUGCCCGAGGAGCUGCGGGCCGACAUCGCCCUGCACCUGCACAAGGAGCUGCUGCAGCUGCCCCUCUUCGCGGGGGCCAGCCGGGGCUGCCUGCGCGCCCUCUCCCUGGGGGUGCGCCCCGCCUUCUGCACCCCCGGAGAGCUGCUCAUCCGCCGCGGCGACGCGCUCCAGGCGCUCUACUUCCUCCGCUCCGGCUCCAUGGAGGUGCUGCGGGACGGCAUCGUCCUCGCCAUCCUCGGGAAGGGGGACCUGAUCGGCUGCGGCCUGGGGGGGUCCCCGCGCACCCGGCGGGCGCGGGCGGACGUGCGGGGGCUGACGUACUGCGCCCUGCAGAGCCUGGGGCUGCCGGCGCUGGCCGAGGGCCUGGCCCUCGACCCCGACUUCGCCCGCGCCUUCCGCCGGCAGCUCCCCCGCGAGCUCAGCUACGACCUGGGGGGCGCCCCCGAGGCAGAGUGGUGCUCGCCCGGCGGGGAGCCCGCGGCGGAGGAGGGGGCCGAGGCGCAGCCCCCCAGCCCCGGCCCGGCCCCCCCCAGCCCCCGGCCAUCCCCCGUGGCGGGGACCCAGCCCCGGCCCCCCCGCAGCGGCGGCCCCCGCGCCCACCCCGCGGCCGGGCACCCCACAGCCCUGCAGCUGCACCCUUGGAGCAGCCCCCCAGACCUGAGUCCCAGGGUGGUCGACGGCACGGAGGGGGAGGGCUGCGCCGCCGACAAGCCCCUCUUCAGCUUCCACCUCGGCCCCUCCCUGGGGCCAGGUAAGGCGGGGGGGCCCCAGUGCCGAGGUUCUGGGGGGCCAGGGGGAGGGGGCUGGACCCCUGGGUGCCCCGAGGAGACACUCACCUUUCCCCCAGCUGGGGACGGGGGGCUGCUGGCCAUCCCCCCCGGCCCCCCGGAGCCGAGCAGCGCCGACACCAUCGAGAAGCUGCGGCAGGCGGUGGCCGAGCUCUCGGGGCAGGUGCUGCAGCUGCGGGAGGGGCUGCGGGUGCUGCGAGAGGCCGUGCAGCUCCUGCUGCUGCCGCCCGCCCCGCGCCCCGACGCCCCGGUGACGGCCGCAGCCCUCCAGCCGCUGCGCGUGGAGACGGGGGGCCCCGGGCUCUGCCUGCACCGGCCGCCCCCCACCGACUGCGCCCGCAGCCAGCCCUGGGGCUGGGGCCCCCCCGCCGCCCGCAGCCAGCCCUGGCUGCAUCCCGACCCCUUCUGGGGCUCCCCGGGGGGGCAGGAGGGGCAGCCGCGGGGGAGCCCCCCGGCAUGGCCACCCACCCCUGCCUCCUCGAGGGGCCACGGCCUCCCCGCGGCGGAGCUGGAGCCCCCCGUGCCCUGGGACGUGCCCAGCCUGGAGCUGGUGCUGAUGGGGGGGUCCCAGGGCCAGGGUCCCCCCCAGCCCCAAGAGGAGGGGACGGGCAUGUGAUGGGACCCCAGUGCAACCAGACCAUACCCAACUGCUGCCCCCCCGUGCUGGGGCGGAGCCUCCUCUCCACUUUUUUCAAUAAAAGAGUGAUUUUAAGAACAC